UUGGGAAAGGGAUUCAGAAUUUUUUAUCAUAAUGUGUAUUUGUGUGCUGUAAGAUUUGUAUUUCAGGUGUUUUUCAAUCACGACACUUUUGUACAGGAUCCCGACGUGCCUGCGAGACCUUACCGCUGGAUAGAUGCAAAAAAUAAUGCUGCCUGGAGUCAGGUUGUAUAUGGACCUGCACCUUUUUCGUUCUUCUCUAUUGCUGUGAUGACUGACUCGUUUGAUGACUCUGGUCGUUACAACAAGGAUCCUGUGCUUUCGACUGUUUUCGAGAAGUAUUCUCUUCAAUCGGAGGCUCAAAGGCUACUAUUUUCCGAGCAAAAUCAAGCGCCUGUGAAGCCGGCGUCCAUAGCCACUAUGAGAGAAGAACAUCAUGAAGCGCGUUCUUGGAUUUCGUCAGGCCUUCAGCGAUUUCGAGAACAGAUGGAGCUGUUGUGGUUGCGACAGUUUUGGGAUGUUUGGCGUGAUCGAGUAUUGGAGAAUCGUCGUAAGCGCCAAGAACGUCGGCAUGAUUGGGAGACAUUCCGAGGCGUUUGGAAUUGUCAGAACGUUGACAGUCAAAAAAUACGGUUCUCGCUGAAGCUGGUGCAGUUCAAGAAAGCCCGGUCAAAAAGAAUUAUGCGGAAGUACUUUGAUAAAUGGCGAAAGUACGUUGAAAUUCGGCGAACUCUGCAUAGCUUGGCUAAG